AUGUUAUCAUGCAACGAGCGACUCAUCCCUCUCCCUCUCCCUCUCCCUCUCCCUCUCUUCCCUUUCUGGGACACGGCAGAGCCCGCGUUCACAUGGGCCAGCGGGGGAGCUAUCCUCACUGUGCGAGGGUUCUUCCCGACCUUGAACUACACUUGCAGUUUACUCCCAUCUGCUGCCCAGCAAACUCCUGUAGCAUGCUCGCCGAUCGCAAACCAACAAAUGCAAACGGAGCUCAGAUUCUCCCUGCCAGUUUGGCAGCUGGCAGCCCAGGAUGCGAUCGUGCAGAUCGCCGAUGCCACCACAAGGAAAGUUCUCAAGGGACCAGGAGGGGCGUCAGAGAAGAUCACGAUCAUGCCGGUCUGGACUAGCAAGUCGGCCAUACAAGGGGCAGCGACUGGAGGAACUGCGCAGGGCUCGCAAGCAUUCACAAUCUCAGGGCUAGGAUUCGAUCGCGAUUCCUCCAACUAUGUCUGUAAGUUCAUCCGCUACGAGUCCAGCUCUCCCACAGCUGAUGUCGCGCAAACUCUUCCAUUCCAACCGAUGAACAGCGCUGAGUUGGUUUGCUCUACACCCACCUGGAGCUUCGAGGGGAGCACAGGCGACAAUGCGGGCAAGGCCCUGGUCCUGGUAGAGAAGGGAGGUCAGGUUGUGAUGUACCAAGGAGUCUCGUCGGGGAAUGAAUAUUUCUUUUCAACGGUCUGGAGGAUAGAUGGGAGCUCCGGGUACUCGUCGCCCGGUCAAACCAUCACCAUACAGGGCUAUGGCUUCGGGACCUUGCAGGAUCAGUAUCUUUGCAGCUUUGAGUCCACAGGUCUCACUGUGCAGUCCCAGGCAUCCAGCGUAUCACCUUCGGAGCUGCAUUGUGUCUUGCCUGGUUGGACGGCGAGGGCCCAGACGGUAGAUUUAACCUUGUACAAGGUCAAGUGCAGGGGCAUCAACUAUGAGGUUUCCUCUUGCAAGACGACAGUGCAACUUCAAGGAACUUUGAAUUCGCGGACGCCAUUCCAGUUCUUGACAUCGAUCCACAACUACUCGGCAUCCACCAGUUAUGCAGCGAAAUCAGUGCCAAGUUUCCUGACAGUGCAUGGAGGAGGAUUUGAUGGAGGUUCUUUCAACUACACGGUGGAGAUCAAGUCGCUGACGGACUCGAGUCAAGUCUUGACUAUCCCCGUCCGAGCCUCAGAUGUUUCUGGCUCCUCAAUCACUGUGACUCUGAGCGAAUGGAUCUUCACCCCGAACAUACUCUGCUCUAUAAUUGUGUUUCAGGGAUCUCAAAUCAUUCCCAAUGUCGGAGCUUCAAAGGCUGAAUUCACCUUCACGUCGAUGUGGAGCGACUACCAGGACGGCAUCCUACCCUUGAGAGGAGGAGCUUCAUCUGGAAAUGAAGUGCUGACCAUCUUUGGGAAUGGAUUCGUGUUUCAGGCUCAAUUGGAUCAAUCAGAACAAUACUUUUGCACGUUUUCAACGGAGACGAUGCGAAUGAAUGCAAGCAGGUCCGUGGUCAUAUCAAGCACCGAGAUCGCAUGCACGACCCCAGACUGGGGAGCGAUGUACACUGCUAUGAAGACUGUCUUGUCGUUGCACAAGGGUAACUAUACGUACCCGAAUACCGCAGAAUAUGAGUUUUCCCCGUCGUGGAGCUCCUUAUCCAUCACGUAUGGCUCCUUCAGUGGAGGGGAAACACUGUCUGUGUUCGGUUCGGGGCUGAACAUAUCGGCGAAGUACAGAUGUAAGUUCAGUUUCAAUGAAGACGAGGUCUUUGCUUGGUCGGACGAAGUAUAUCCGUACGACACAACCAAGAUUGUCUUCACAACUCCCCGAUGGCAGUAUCUGUCAAGGAACAACGUUCGAAUAUACAUCUUCGAAGGAGACAAGAAGCUCAUCAACGAGCUCGAGUCCGACUUGUUUGCUGGGAUCAUCUUCCGAUUCGUCGUCGGCGUGCUUGUCUCAGCUCCUCGAUUGGUCCUGCAGACCCCCGACGUCGGCCAUCUUUUCUUGCGUCCUGACACGUUUUCCGUGAUCCCGAUAGUCAUACACAUCACCAGCAGCGACAGUCAGGUGGCAAACGCUACGGGCGACGUUUCCUUCCAACGAGACGACCAGAUCCUACCUGAGGGGAAGCAAAUCUCCGUCUACUGCCUGCGGCCAGGGGCUGUUUCGCUGGUUCUAACGGUCAGCAACGCGGACGGAAGCAACAACUUCGCAAACAAGGUCACGGUCGUCUGCUCUGCAGGCUUCCGCUUCAGCUCUCCGCAGCUGGAGGUAAAGCCCAGCUCACCCCCAGCAAACGUCACGUUGACCCUGGACUCCGAGAUCAGUCAGCCCCUGAGGGUAGAAGUUACCUCAGGCAAUCUAGAGCUGCUCACAGUGUCGCCGCUGCAGCUAACCUUCAACCGAUCCAACGAGAGCGCUGAGAUCUCGGCGGUGUGGGUAGGAGCUGGAGCCACCAACAUCUCAGUCAGAGGAGUCACAGACAGCGGCAACCUGCUGUUCGCGCACUCUACGGCCUCGCUUGGUGUCCGAUGUGAACCGGAAAUUCUCUUCAGCCCGAGCGCUUUGCGCCUGAAUGCUGGUGAGACGAUCCGAUUUUCUGUUGAACUCCGUCCUCCUCCUACCCUCCCUGUCACCUUUAGAGUGCUAGCAGACAAGGAAGGCUUCUUAGAGUUCGAUCGGCAAGUUUCCUUCGGGGCGAACAUAACCGGGCCCAAGGAGAUCACGGUAAAGUACGUGAAGGCAGGGCAGACGACGUUGAGACUUGUGGCCGAGAGUCCAGGGAUGCUGAGCAAGCUAUCGUCCAAUUGUUCCACUGAAGACGCCAGGAGGUGUUCUCAGGUGUUUGCAAACGCCAACGGCUGCGACUUCUCGACGCUCUACACGUCAAGAGAUGAAUGGAACCUGCUGCUGACCCAGCUGUCGCACGCGGCGGGAGUACAAGACUGCUCCUCCUACUUCGACUGCCUGAGAGUCUCCUGCUGUAGCUCACCGCCAGCCUUGACCUGCUCAAGGGCCCUGCAGGACAAGCACUGCAGUCUUGAUCUGAUCCUCCCUCGCCUCUCGAAGGUCGAGGAUGCCUCCUAUGACUUCGGGGUGGUGCCGCUGGACUCGCAGCAAACUCUGAAGCUCUACCAGAGCUGGACCCCCAACCUCAACUGCAUGCCUUUCGUCCCUUGUGCAUGGAGCUCUUGCUUUCCUGGCAACGGAAACUACGACGGGAUGACAUCGCAUGCGAUGGUGAUCCUCUCCCUUCCCAGCUUGUCCCUCGACCUCGAUCAAGUCCAUCUGCAGCAGGGAGGCAGUCAGAGAGUGACUGUCUCUCUAGAUAUCCGCCCGUCAGCUCCUGUACUCGUCAAGAUCACGAUCGUGAACGUUCAGAGCGUGACGAGUUUACCUGUUGCGGUUGCCCAUCCGUCUGAGAUCGUGCUGCAAGGCUCCAGCGCUGCAACCUUCGACCUGACUUGGGCGGGUGUAGGGCGAGCAGACGUGGUCCUCACAUGCUCGGGGGGGGCUGAGUACGAGAACGUCUCUAGGGUGCACAGCAAGUUUGUGACCUGCCUUCCUGGGAUUGAGCUGGAGGUGUACAGUGGGGAUGGAUACAAGCAGGAUCUGAGCACAGUGAUGACGCGUGCAAACGUCAAUGUCUCCCUUGCUGUAGCCGCUGGCUUCACUCUCUUCGGACGUGUUGACGUCGGUCUUCAGGGCUCUCAAGGAACUUUCUUGCAGCCUGCUCACUUUUCUCUCUCCGGUCCCUCCCCCGUGCUGGUGCACCUGGCGACGGCGCAGACAGGCUCUUUCUCGGUUGAUGUCAGCCUGGCAACAGCUGGAGCUGGCGAGCAGUUCAUAGUUGCCUCUCAAGGACUCGGGUACACGAGUGGGGAGAUGUCGAUAGUGGGUUAUGGUGGUAGAGACUUUGCAGGUCGAUACGAGGUGGGAGUGAUUCAUUGGGACUACUACUAUGACAGAGUGACAGAAUCAGCUCUACGGGGGUCAAACUACUCGCUCAUGGGCGCAGACACCUUCUCGAUGCCACCUGGCGGAGCUGAGAUUGCGGUAGAGAGAUGUAUGAAACAAGCUGCCGGUCAGUCGAUCGUCGUGGACGGAGUCUUGCGGUUGACCGGACACACUGGGAUAGAAGUGAAGGGAUGUCAGCCUAAGAUGAACUUCAGCGUUGACGGAGGGAGUUUGAGCCAUGUCUCGUUCGAGAGCGGACGUUGCAUCGUCACCGGACUGACGUGCGCCAUCUCCCUCCAAGGAUACGGAGGCUCCGGUUUUCACGGCUACUUCCAGACGGGCUUCGCAAACUUCUCGAUCAACUCCAACGGCACUGGAUACGACUGCUCCCUUGGCUGUCUGGUGAACAUGGCAAGAAGCCCUUUGGCCGCCGCAGAAGAGCAGACUUGUGCUCUGAAUGUUACAAACUGCACAGAUGGGUAUGUUGGCAAUGCAGUGGUCGUGUUUGGGAACGUCAUCUCGUUCCGACCGAAGCUGCUUGUUGUUGUCUUUCCAGAUAUCAUGCUGAGCCCUGCGAGUUUUCACCUUGGUGCGAACCAGACCGCUCUGAUUCAAGUGAGACCAUUAGAGACUGUGACAGCUGGAGUUUCGUUCAAUCUCAGCACAAACUCUUCCUUUCUUCACGUUCAAAACUUCAGGUUCGAGACGGGAGACAACAAGAAAGACGCCAACGUCUCGUUUGUCAUCGAGCGAAGGGGCGGAAGCUCGGGAGUUGCCUCACUGCUGGUGCAGGCGAAUCACGUCGGAAACUAUGCCUGGUUCAGACGAUCGUUGGUUGUGACGCUGAUGCCAGAUUUCAAGUUUGUGUCUACCUCAAUCACUCUGCAGAGAUUUCCAGGACAAGGUUUGAUCCAGAUUGCUCCCGACACGUCUCUGAACAAAGACACCCUACUGCAUGUCGAAAUCGUCUCAGACUUUGGACAAGACUGGACAAAGAUUAAUUUCGGGCGAAAGAUUCUGCUGGUGCCCGACGUCGCGCUACUCAAGUCAGCUGAUACCGGAUUUCUCUCGAUUCCCAUAGAGCACGGUGGCUCCGACUCAUCGUCCAUCCCCAACAUUGUGAGCGGGACGGCAGUCGUAAGAUUCUUUGUGAAUGACACUCAGAGCAACUACAACGGAGUCGGACUCCUGUCUCCUUCUCAGACUGUCGCCGUGUCAGUGAAGCCAGGGUUUCACGUCAGCUUCGACCCCACGAGGACGUACAAGAUCCAAAGGCUCUCGAGCUUCGAGUUCUCCUUGAAGCUCGACUUCCCAGCUGACUCUGACCUCAGCAUCAACCUGAUGAGGUCGUUCAACAUGACCAUGUCUCAGACUGGCUCGUUGCCCGUUAGGCGGGGGGACGUGGGGCCCUUCCAGAUCAACGUCCCUCACGACGGGUCUGUGGGGUUGUCUACUUACUCGUUGAUCGUCAGCGGCGCCAGCGGCAACUACGCAGGAGUCACAGCCAUGGAAGUACUGAAGGUGUCGAUGCUGCCAGGCCUCGUCCUGUCCGUACCCCAGCUCGAGCUGCAGUACUCCAGAGCUCCCACCACUUUCACCGUCCGUCUUGACACUCAGCCUACGGAAGAUGUCAUGUUCUCUGUUGAGAACUCCAACCCGUCUGUGCUGAAUGCUACAGGCUCCAUCUUCUUCCCUGCCAACUCGUGGGAUGUCGAUCAGGUUGUAGCUGUCACGUGGAUCAAGGCGGGGAGGGCUACUCUGUCGUUCAAGGCGAACAGCCCCGGAGGCAACUACCAGGACGUUGCUUGCUGUGACAUCAACAUCGUUGCCUACCCAAGAAUGUUUGUCUCGCAGUCAGACGUUCUCCUGCAAAAGAAUGUGGUGCUAAACAUCUCAGUUGGCCUCCCGACCGUCCCCUCUCAACACGCAGUCGUGCAUGUCACGAGUCUGCCAGAGGGAAUCGUGAGUGUGGAUCAAAGUCUAUUCUUCCCAGCUUCCUCCAGCUCCACAAUGGUUCUGUCUAUCCGAUAUCUCAGCCACGGGAAAGCGACCUUGUCCUUGAAGGUGACGAGCGCGGACAGUGCUGUGAAUGGAGUGGUAGGAUACGUGUACGUCGACGCGCUUCCAGGCUUCACGUUCUCUCAGUCUGACGUCAGCUUGUACAGCUGCCCUAGGACCCUCCAGUGCAAUGUCACCAUCGAGUUCUUCCCCGACCUCGUCCCGGACCAGCCAGUCACAGUCCUCCUGACCUCCUCCGACCCGUCAGUCGCCACUCUCUCGCCGGACUCUGUGUCGUUCCUCCCCAACUCAACCUCUACCCAGCGCAAGACGUUCACCAUCUUCUACCGCUCCCCAGGAUUCGCCUGCGUCAGCUUCGCCGCCACCAGCCUCGGCAACUACAACGACAUCUCCUCGGGAGGCGUCAACGUCCGGGCCCUGCCGGACUUCAGAGCCGUUGGCUCGACUUUCCGAAGUGUCAACAGCUGGGAGACUGACAGCCCCUUCGACUUUGAUGUCGCUCAUCCUGCCGUCUACGUCCAGAACCAGACCAGCUCCAACAUCACCAUCACCCUAACUGAGAUCCCUUCGGAAGAGGUGCUGGUCAUGAUCGUGAGCUCGAACCCAGAUAUCGUCUCGCACACAAGCUCCUUACGCUUCCCUCGGGGGUCUCUGACAGCACAGACCAUCACUGUGACCUUCAAGCGGUACGGCAGCUGCUUCCUCAGCUUGUACGGUCAGGGCGGAAACUAUGAGGGAGCGAAGUGGGAGCAAGGCAUCUCGGUGAAGGCACUCCCGACGUUCCUCCUACCGGAGAGGAUCACCCUGGACUAUCACUCGCAGUACAGCAUCGUCCUUCAACCUUCUGUUCCUCUCGUCGGAGACGUCAACGUCUCGGUGACUGUUGAGCUCCCCGACCGGAUGAACGUCAUCACACCCAUCGUCUCCCUCCGAGCCAAUCAAACGGCCGUGGCUGUCGUGCAGCAUGUCAACCCCGACUACACCAAGAUCAAGGUGCUGGCCUACGGGCCCGGGUCAAACUACAACUACGUCGAGCAGAUCAUUAUCGCAACUCUCAACUAUCCAGGGUUCUCGCUGUCAGCCACCACGUUGCACGUGCAACGAUGGUUCAACGGCUCGAUCAUCGGGCCUGUCCGGGGGCAAGCAGAGCUCUACCUGACGCCCAACUUCGCUUCAAGCGCCUCCAUCGUCAUCAACAUCAACAAUCAGAACCAAAACAUCAUUGCAGUCACGGAACCCAGCAACUUCCAGCUCGAGUACCCGACUAACAGUAUCGUGUCCAAGCUCGUACGGGUAGAGCACAAAGGUAUUGUUGGCAGGUCUGUGCUUGCCUUCGGUACCCCAGCUACCCAAGGCAUCAUCAUGCCUAUACCUCUCGUCACUGUCCUUGCGCAUGCUGGCUUCAGCCUCUCUCAGACCGCCGUCACCAUCCAGAGAAAGGGAAAUGGGAAAGUCACCUUGUCCUUGGACACCCCACCGCAAUCUGACACCACCAUCUUCUUCUCCUCCUCUAAUCCCGCCAUCCUGUCAGUUCAGCAGACCGUGGUGUUCUACAAGAGCGAGACUAUCGGCCAGACUGUCCGUUUCGAGCACAUUAGCCCUGGUCUAGCCUAUAUUAACUUCGUCGCUCAGAGUCAGACCGACGACUACAACGGGGCAGCCGCCUACCAUGCCGUGGCUGUCACAUGUAAAUUCGGCCUGGUGUUUGACAAGAGCACCAUCUACGUCCCUGCUCCCCCCACAGCUGGAGGGUUGACCACCCUCGCAGUGGCCCUGGAGACUCCCAGCUCGACUAACGUUACCCUCCACUUGGCGUCCUCCGACGAGAGCAAGGCGACGCUGGUCAACCCGACGGUCUUCUUCGUCAGCGGGAGCACGGAAAAAAAGAACAUAAGCAUCUCCUAUGUCGCCUCGUCCACGGCCUCCAACCCCGUGUUCCUGACCGUAACGCUAGAGACAGCAGCUGGUUCGGUGUACUCCAACGUGUCAGUGGACCCCGUUCCUCUCGUCAGCCUCGGAAAGUUUCUCUUCUCAUCUCAGGAUGUUUUCGUGCAGAAGGGAAGAAGCAUUCAGGUGGAAAUCUGGCCCAACGUCCCCCCUGAUAGCGACGUGACAGUGAGCAUUCAAAACUCCAACUCUACCAUCGCUCAAGUGUCAGGAGCGAUAACCUUUCUAGCGGGUAGAACUGACCGCCUGACGUUCACCGUCGUUCACAGAAGCUUUGGGUCUUGCCGAUUGAGCUUCACUGCAAGCAGCAAGGGAAACUUCUUCGGGGUUGUCAUGGACAAUGCAGUGAAUGUCACAGCAAGCUACGGGUUCAGGGUGUUCGAAAUGAGUUUCGGCACUUCAGGUUUCGUCCCUGGAUCCGAGGUGCAGGUUGGACAAGUUUUCAAGCUGCAGGCGCAACAGACGUCUCCCCUUUCCCGACGGAGUUUUUUCAUUGCAACUGACGUGCCGGUGACCUCAACGACGAGGAUUGUGGUCGUUUCUUCGAACACGACAUGUGUAGUAGCCGGGGACCCUGUAAUCCUGGAGCCAGGAGGCUCCCCGUACAAAACAUUCCAAGUCAGAUAUGGCCUCCUGCCUUGCUCCAGCGUCAUCUCGUUCAGGGCUGAGACUACAGGAAACUAUCUCGGGGUUGAGUCUGGAGCACUUGACAUCGUGUCUCUACCAUCGUUGACUUUCUCUUCCGUCAGAGUCAACGUUCAGUACAAGUCGUAUGGCUUCUUCUCUGUCUCCCUCAGCGAUCCUCCGACGUCGGACGUCAACAUCACGGUGGAGUCAUCGGAUCCAACCAUCGCCAGCUUCACCUCUUUCUUGGUCUUCUCCAAGAACAGCACAGGUCCACCUACCGCCCAGGUCAUGCUCACCUACAUCAGCCAGGGCUCCUUCGCUCUCAGCUUUUCUGCAGCAGGAGGAAAUUACGAUGGGCUGCAGUGGGAUAACGCAGUGCUCGGCCUGACCAGCCCGGGCUUGAUUUUCUCCUCGACCCUUCUGCAGAUUGGCUUCGAUGCGUCCAUGUCUUUCUCCAUCCGCCCCGACACUGUUCCGACCGAAGUGGCUCUCUUGUACGUGACCAGCUCGCAGCCGGUCAUAGCAGAGCCGCUGCUGGAGGUGUACAAUCUCAGUGCUGGAACAAUUGACAACAUCACGAUCACUGUCAGGUCAACUUGCUCGUCAAGCCCAAGUUUCUGCAUCCGGACUGGCUCCGCAUUCCUCAGCUUUCGCGCUGUCAGCAACCUGGGAAAUUAUGACGCGAUGGAAAAUCUCCGGGCGGUCGAAGUUCGCGUGCGAUCUCCCGGGUUCGACUUGUCGGUGACGUCAAUCAACCUGCAGCGGUACCCAGGAAGCAGCGUCUUCUACCUCUCCCCUCGAGUCCUCGUCAACGUGGAUACGGUCGUGUUUGCUCGAUGUAUGGAUGAGACAGUCUGUCUCGUGCAGCAAGCGCUUGUCAUGCCGGCGGGUUCCGACGUGACCUCCAAGUUUAACUUCACAGUGUCCUACCAAUCUGUAGGGCAGACGUUUGUGAGGUUGACGGUGGAGAAUCCUCAAAAUUCAAUCUACUUUCAGAUCGACCCGAUCUUCAUCCCAACAACAGCAUACGCCGACCUGACCCUCUCACCGGACUCCCGAGAAAUCAAGAUCCAGCCCUACUCCUCCUACAAGAUUCAGCUAACUCCCUCCUUUCCUCUGGUGAACGACAUCUUGGUAGAGGUUGUCACCUCCAACCCAAGCAUUGUGCUCGCAGCUCAGUCUACCUUCUCUCUCAGCGCAUCAAGCCAGAUCGUAGGACUGGACGUGUACGCUGCUGUAGGAAUGCGCGUCAUUCUGACUGCAGACUUCCAGACGUUCCCUCGUACUGGUCCGGGAACCAUCACUUACCUUCUCAACGAGAACCUCGAUGUUGUGUUAGUCGACUGGGACGAGGGACCAAAGAAUCAAACCUACUUUGCCGGGUACAACAAUCAAUACAUGUUGGCCAGGUAUCAGUCGCAAGUAAUCAACUUGGAACUCCUGUGGAUUGGAUUUGGGAUCGGUCAGGUCGAUAUCAGGAUCCGCAGCAAAGAUUUUGUCUAUGAUCGAUCUACUUGCAGCAGCUGCAUGGUAGUCACCUGUCUCCCUCCUUUCUUGUUCAACCCGCCAAACCUCAUUUUGCAGUCUGCGUCAUCUGCAACCGUUCUGAUGACCCCGGCAACUCCCGUCACGGCCAACACUCUUCUCAACGUCCAGACGAGGAUCGUUGUUGGCCCUGACCUGCUCGUGUACGCCGUCAGCACCGUUCAGCCGUCCAGCCUUGAGAUCCUCAACUUCGGUCAAGCGGAAGGGCCCAGCAGCCAUAGCUUCGUGAUCACGUGUGUUGCAGCUGGCGUUUCUCAGCUGGUACUUCAAGCCAGCGGGGGAGGGUAUGAUGGCAUCAAUUAUCCAGGGCUGAAUGUCACCUGCUUACCUACGUUCAUCAUCGUCCCUCCGCAGGCUCCGGGUCCUCUCAGUCCACAGAGCUCUUUCACCUUCUACCUGUCUCCCUCGGAGGCCCCUACCUCCCUCGUCACUCUCAUCCUGCUAUCCAACUGCUCAGGCAUCCUUGAUCAUCCGGCUAGGUUGUACUUCAGCCCCUACGUCGUGACUCAGAGCCAGACUGUGCAGCUGUCGUACUCCGUCGGAAGAGCAGACCUUGUGUGUGCUGUUUCUGUCACGUCCUCAGGCGGGAACUAUGAAGGUGUCCACGUGCCUGCAUCCUUGGUCCUCCGACUGACCAGCCCUGCUCUUAUCGUGCUGGCAACCUCCAUUGACGUUCAGCCAAACAGCAUCUCGCUCAUUCCCGUCAAGCUCAAUACUCUACCAAAUGCGACCGUCACGGUUGCCGCUAUGUCCUCAGACCCUGCGAUCGCAAAGGUAGUCGGCAGUGUCUUCAUCUCUGAUACGGACAUACACUUCAUCCAGAUAGCGCAUGUCAGCGUUGGCCGUUGUCAGGUGUCUUUCUCGCUGACUGCCGCUGACGCGAGCACUUUCUUCUAUGCUCCUGCCCCGUCUGCUGUUGUCCAGGUCCGCUCCCUUGGUCCAGGGUUCCUAGUCAAUGUCAGCAGCCUGCUAGUGACACUUGGCGAUCAUGCCUACAUCAGCGUCAGUCUUGACUCUCCGCCCAACUCCCGCACGCAGCUCAUGUUGGAACCGAGCAGCUCAGCACUUGCAGUACAGCCUUCUUACCAGUUCUUCGAGCUUGGAGGUAACCAGACAGCUGUCAGUUUCAGAGUUGCGUGCAGCCGAAGUGAGAUGGUUACUCUGAGCUUGCGUUCCCGAGGAGGAAUCUAUCAUGACAUCAUCGUGACGGAUAUCGUGAACGUCUCUUGUCUACCUAUACCCGACGAUCAUAUCACCUUCUCUGCCAAGACCCUGCUGGGCAGGCUGAUGAACGUCAGUAUCCAGCUGCCUGCCGACGUCAACCAGCUGAUCGGGUUUCAAGUCCAAGCUUCCACAAGCCCGACCUUCACAGUCGUAGGUCUAGACCUGAACCUCUCAAGCACUGAGAGCUCCGUCGUGCUGGGGCCGCUGGUCCUCGGCUCCUGCUACUUCCUCCGAGUGAGGCCGACCCGCUUGCGAGGGCCGGGACAAUGGACGGGGAGCGAGAACUGCAGUGACGUAAUCGAUUAUCCAUCGCGAGUCUUGAACCUGAGGUUGGAACUGAUCUCUGACUACUUGAUCCGCGUUGACUGGGACCCUCCAACCAGCAGAGGACAAGUGAACCCUCUCGCGCCACUCAGCUACCAGGUUGCUAUGUUGGAUACUAACGGAACCAUUCUCUCCUCAACGUACACUGAGUCGACUACUAUCGUACAACAAGUGCUGAAGUCGAAGGGACAAUCUUCUCUUGAGAUCAGAGUCGGAGCCAUCACCGACCUCUCCCCGACUGUGUAUCAGACAGCAUCGGUAUAUGUCACCUUGCUGGCCCAACAAGUCCUCUACAACGUACCCUUGGAGUUGUAUCUUUCAGCAACACAGGUCACAUCUGCCGUAGCCUCCCUAUCUUCUAUUGUUGUCACGCCAAGGUCAGCUCCGCAAGUCGAUGCGGUCCUGCAGAUUGUCAGCUCAAACCCGGACUCGGUAGAAGCCUUGCUGCCAAUCAUCAUCCUCAAGGCUGGCUCGCUGCUGCCGCAAACCAUUCUCCUCCAACACAAGAUCAAGGGACUGAGUGUGGUCGACGUUGUGCCAGCCGGGGGGAACUACAACUUUCCCAACGGCUCUGCUAUUAUGGUUCUAACUAAUGCAUCUCCAGCAUAG